AUGCUAGAGUACCGCACACAGGGGUUUCAAGGCUACGCAGUCAAAUAUUCGCCCUUCUUCGACAACCGAAUCGCUGUAGCGGCAUCGGCCAACUAUGGCCUGGUGGGCAACGGACGCCUGUUCGUGCUAGAGUUGACACCGCAGGGGAUUGUGCCUCUGAAGAGCUAUCCUACCCAAGAUGCCCUAUACGAUGUGACGCACUCGGAAGCUCAUUCAUUCCAUGUCCUGACCUCUUCUGGCGACGGAUCCCUACGACUCUACGAUGUUUCCCUCGCCCCCGAAUUCCCCAUAGCCACCUUUCAAGAGCAUUCUCGAGAGGCCUUCUCAUGUAGCUGGAAUCUCACCUCGAAAGCCACAUUUGCCUCUUCAUCAUGGGAUGGAUCCGUGAAGAUAUGGAAUCCCGAACGGCAGCAGAGCCUGCUAACCCUUCCCACACACUCCUGCACAUACAGUACGCAAUGGAGUCCGCAUACAGACGGGAUGCUCAGCGCAGUAUGCUCGGAUAGUCAUCUACGUGUAUGGGAUCUCAGAACUCCAGCAAGCGCAAGCAACCAUCUCACAAUGCAAAUACCAAUCCAUGCUCCUCUUUUGUCGACAAACGUUGCAAAAUUCCAACCUACAUUUCCACCCUCGGAAGCCCUGACGCACGAUUGGAACAAAUACCGGGGUACCAUCGUGGCCACUGCAGGAGUUGACAGAAUCAUUCGAACAUUUGACAUUCGGCAGCCUAAAGGGCCCUUGCAGCUGUUACAAGGCCACUCAUACGCCGUACGGAAGGUUGCAUGGAGCCCACACCUCCCCGAUCUGCUGCUGAGUGCCAGCUACGAUAUGACAUGUCGGGUGUGGACAGACGGCAGUGAUCAAGGCGCCCCUGCUCGGGAACUUGGCCAGAUGGGACGACAUACCGAGUUCGCAACUGGGGUCGACUGGUGCCUUUUCGGCAGUGAAGGAUGGGCGGCGAGUUGCGGAUGGGACGAAAGACUGUGCGUAUGGGACGUACGGACAGUAAUGCACUCGUGA